CCUCCCCAUACAGUACACGGACAGACACACACACAUACAGUACGCCACCCAUCCCAUCCCAUCAAGAAGAAGGCACGACGACCCACCAGGAGGGGUUCUGUGUGGGGUACGGUGUGUCCGUCCUCUCAUUACACAGGUCAUGCUCAUAUCGGUCCUCCCGCACAUAGCGCACCGUCACCCGCCGCUGCCCAAAGAACUCCAAAACCGCCUUGGCACACCCACUGUGGUCGGGACGGUCCCGGCCAGGGAUGUGAAUCUUUUUCCGACUGAUGUCGAUGCUCGCGUGGUCAAACUUGCCGCACCAUGGCACCUGCAGAGAUCCAUAUACACGAGACAUGAGACGGCUUUCGUUCGUGUGUGGAAGAGGCUCACCUUGACUGUUCUGUGUCCGAUUUUGAUGGUUUGCAUUCUGCGUGAGGCACAGAAGUCGUGGCCGGCCAUGAUGGCCCCCGGCUUCAUCUUCUGGUGAUGAGAUGACAGACAUGACAAACAGACGGAUACGACAAAUGGAUGGAGAGACACAUCACACACGGGCGGGGCGAGUGGCAGGAGAGACGCGCGUCUGGAUGUGUGACAUUAUGCGUGUAUACCGGAUAGUAUGCGGCGAGGUCUCUUUGGACCAUUGCGUAGCGAUGGCUGGCAUCGAUGUACCUGAAGGCGAAGAAAACUGCGCAUAAAGUGGGACCAAGAUCAAGACUGACUGACAAGAAAUCGAAGAACUGGUCGGGGAACCGAUUCACCACAUCUGUGCUCUUGCCCUGAUGGCCACACACACACACACAUAUAUCCACACACACGACAGGAAAGCAAUCGGUGCGGUGCUGUGGUGCCCUUUAUUCACCUUGUGGAAGUGUAGGGUGAAGUUCCGCUCGUCUUUGAUGAGGUCCAGGCGCGCCUUGGCGUUCCGCCGCAUGUGAAUGUCGAUCAGGUGGAACCCACGCGGCGCCCAUACGUGGACCAGCCGGUCAGAGUACUCGGCGUCCCACAUACCUGCACACGCACACAAAAGGACAGAAGGACAGACAGACAGACAGAUGGAUGGAUGGAUGGAAUAUAAUGGUGCCGGCCUGGCUCACCGAUUUCUCCCCCGUUGCCCUUGCCAUACAUGCCGAGGAAGUUCAUGAGCAUCGGAAAGGCCUCCCGCGAUGCGGCCACCCUCAGGUACUCACGGAUCAGCACCUCCUUGAUCGAGCUGCUCAACUCCCACGGCGGGGAGGACGAGGACGGGCGGACAGCGUGAAACAGCAAAGUCACUGGGGCGUUGCGGUGUGUCGGGGAUGAAGAACCGUUGGGCAGCAGGGUCUCUGCCAGCGCCUCCACAGCUCCGCGUUUGUGCGGUGGAUCCCAGCAGAGGGACCCUUGCAGUGCAGAAAGGCCUCGGAUGCUGCUGCUGAUGGAUGGCUGCAUUGCAAAUUCCUCACUGUCGUAGGCUUCUCUAUCUGUUGUGUGGCUGGCGGCAUCUGCGGUAUCUGCGGCAGCGCUGGCCCUCUCCAUCUGCUGCUGCCGCUGCUGCUGCUGCUGCGUUAAUGUCAUGGUUGGGUAGGCUCCCCUCCUCCAGAGGAUGGUCAGUGCGACCAAGCAAAGGAAGGCGCCGACGAGCACCCGGGCGCUGACGGAAGUCUUCGUGCGAUGACGCACCAUUGUCU